AAACUGCUUGCGUUAGCAAAAGGAAAUGACUACACUUACAGAAGUGUGAUCUCUAUUGUCACUUAGACCAUUUUCAUUUAGCAGUUAUACAACCUCUUCAAUAAGACCUCGAGAUGGAGCUGUCCAACUCAACCAGCAGCUAUGAGAACGUCUCAUAUGAUUAUUACAUCUAUAGUGAUGAUGAUUUAGUCAUAAUGAGUGAAGAUGAUGACUAUAAAACGACAACAGCCGUCUGCUACGCUGUGGUCUUCUGCCUCAGCAUCCUUGGAAAUGGCUUCCUCAUUUUUGCACUCACCUGCUACGAAGACCUGAAAAGGGCCACUAACCUUUUCAUGUUUUGUUUAGCACUUUUCGAUCUUCUGUUCACACUGACGCUGCCUUUCUGGUGUGUGGAGUUUCUUCAUCAUUGGGUUUUUGGUGACGUCGCCUGCAAGAUCAUGAUCGGGGCCUAUUUUGUGGGAAUCUACGGAAGUCUUAUUCUUCUUACAGCCAUGACCCUUGACCGUUUUGUUGUGGUGGUGGUGAGAAGUUACUGGCUGACACGAAGUCGAAGGCUCAAAUGUUCAAAAGCUGCCUGUGUUGGUGCAUGGAUCAUAAGUUUGAUUGCUUGUCUGAGAGAUUCAUUAGCCUCAAAGGCACAAAUUGACCAUGUCGACACCUAUGCUUGUAAAAGCACAAAUACUGAAGAUGAUACAGUGGGAUAUUAUUCACAACUCAUCCUGCUGUUCCUCAUACCGUUUGCCAUCAUUGUUUUCUGUUAUACCAAAAUCAUUCUAACUCUCAUGUCAACGUCGACCAGGCAGAAACACAGGACUGUGAUAUUGGUGCUGUGCAUUGUUAUAGCUUUCUUUAUAUGCUGGGGGCCGUAUCAUAUUGUCAUCGUGUUGAUGUCCAUUUAUGAAUUUAAUGCCAGCGUACAUUAUCAUCUGCAUGUCGCGUUUGUCGUCUGCAGAAUUCUGGCAUUUUCUCACUGCUGCAUGAACCCAGCGCUGUAUAUUCUCAGAGGGAAGUACAGAAAUCUGUUGUCCAGCUUUUUGUUCUGCUCUCCUGAACUCAGGCAUUCGGGGCCCUACAGAGGACCCACGGAUCCCAGCGACUCCAGGAUUCAUCCGUAUAUGAAUGAAGAAGCUCUUGAAAACGGUGGAGUGAGACAAACAAACGCCACAGAGCUGGUAACGAUGUAAAAAUGCAGAAUGCAAACAUGAUGGAUUUAUUUACACCCAGAGAAACUUUUUAGUAAUGUGUAACUUUUUUCCCCCCUAAAAUGACUUUAGAGAUGUAAAAUAUCUUAAAAUUUGUUUGAAUUUGGUAUAACCAUUAGGUAAUCUGUAAUUGUGUGUGU